AUGGCUGAUGCUCCACCUCCUACUCCAUCCGAACUUCUGAGGAUGGUGACUGAACUUCAGCAAGCGAAUCAUCGAAUGGCAGAGGAAAACCAGAGAAUGCAAAACCAAAUCGCACAAUUAGAACAAGCUCGCCUAGAGCAUCAUAACCACGAUCGUGAAAACAACGAACGAACUCAUGUCUCGGAGACGCCACAAAGCGACAACGAAGGAAAUCGACAAUUCACUCUGCCGACAACUUUAACCCCAUACGACGGGUUGGGUGACCCAAAGCAACAUGUCAAGAAGUUCCGAUCUAUUAUGAUCGUCAAUGGUGCAUCCGAUCCAAUUCUUUGUCGAUGUUUUCCAUCUUUUUUAGACGGUCCUGCACUUGACUGGUUUUGUUCUUUGCCUGCAGAUUCGAUAUCUCGUUUUCAGGAGCUCGCUGCCCAGUUUGAAGAUCAUUUCGCAGCAUCCGCAAUAUAUCUCCACGAUUCUGACUAUUUGACGACCAUAAAACAGGGAGCACAAGAAAGUCUGAAGGACUAUAUCACCCGCUUUACAAAGGUCGCCAUGAGGAUUCCCGACCUCCAUCCAGAAGUUCAUCUACACGCCAUAAAAAGCGGCCUUCGCCCUGGCAAAUUCCAGGAAACUAUCGCUGUGACCAAGCCAAAAACUUUAGCCGAAUUUCGUGAAAAGGCCAAGGGUCAGAUCGACGUUGAAGAACUCAGACAAGCAAGGAAAACGGAAAGAUCGGCAACAAAUAAGGACGACGAUAAACCUCGGGAUAGCAAAAAAGCAUUUAAGCCGGUUCCACGAUAUGACUCAUACACCAAAUUCAAUACAAAAAGAGACGACAUUAUAAAGGAGAUAUUAAACUCCAAACUGAUCAAACCUCCUCGCAAAGCUGGCAAUUAUCCCGAGUCAAAAAGUGUUGACAGAUCGAAGUAUUGCACUUUUCAUCAGAAACACGGACACACCACCGACGAAUGUGUCAUCGCCAAAGAUCUCCUUGAACGGCUAGCAAGGCAAGGACAUCUCGAUAAAUUUAUUGCAGGGCAGAUGCAGAAAAAUACUAGCCCCACACCCGACACGUCAACAGCUGGCACCUCCUCAAAAGGAAAGGAAAAAGCACCGGCGCAACCUAGAGGGGUAAUAAACUGUAUCUCCGGAGGCUACGCUGGAGGAGGACACACAAGCUCAGCCCGAAAAUGUACUUACAGGGCCAUGCUAGCAAUCACGGAUGCCCCAAGCCAUCCUCGGCCAUUGACGAAUACCUCAGAAGUAACUUUCAGACCAACCGACUUCAACGGUGCUGAUACCAAUCUGGACGACCCUGUUGUCAUUUCAAUUCAGCUGGGAGACCUGAUAGUAAGGAAAGUUUUACUCGACCCAGGAAGCAGUGCAGACGUCCUAUUUUUCACCACCUUCGAAAAAAUGAAGCUGAGUAACAACAUUCUGCAGCCAUACAUGGGAGACCUGGUUGGAUUUUCAGGAGAACGAGUUCCUGUACUGGGAUCAGUGUGGUUACAAACCACACUCGGUGAGCAACCAUUACACAAUACACAGGAUAUUCAAUAUCUUGUAGUCGACUGUUUUAGCCCAUACAAUGUUAUAUUAGGCAGACCCUUUUUAAAUAAAUUUGCUGCAAUUGUAUCUACUGUUCACCUUUGUGUCAAGUUUCCUGUGCAGGACAAUAUCAUAGCCACAGUUCACGGAGAUCUCCAGGAGGCGAGGUACUUCUAUGAGUCCAGAAGACAGGAAAAGCCUCACAAGCUUUUUGCAAGAGAAUGCCGACCUAUUCGCAUGGACCUCCGCUGA